AUGGAGCCUCUGUUUGGGGUGUUGCUGGGUUUGAUUCUGGCGGUAGCUUCAUCAGCGCAGAACAACUGUACCUGUGUGACCAACAAGUGGACAGUAUGUGCCCAGGAUGACUCUGGGAACUGCACCUGCACGCUGGUAGGUUCCAAUCGUGAGGUAGACUGUUCAACACUGACUUCAAAAUGCUUGCUGAUGAAGGCAGAAAUGAUCCCCCUGAAGGAGAAGUGCUUCCAGGGCCAUCCCCAUGGGCUGUUAGACAGUGAUGGCAUUUACAAUCCAGACUGCGAGGACAGUGGGAUCUUCAAAGCCAGGCAGUGCAAUCCAACUGAUACUUGCUGGUGUGUGAACACUGCUGGAGUAAGAAGAAGCGAAAAGGGUGACAAAAGCCUGAGUUGCAGUGAACUGGUAAGAACAAACUUGAUCUACCUUGAACUGAUACACAAAAAAAGGUCCAGUGCCUUUGAUGUGCCUGAUGUAAGAAACGCCCUGAAACACCUGUUUGAGAGCCGAUACAAACUGCACCCUAAGUACAUUGCAGCCAUUAAGUACAAUUCCCCACUUAUCCAAAUCCGCCUGAACCAGAGUGAGAAAUCCAGAUGUGAUGUAGAUAUAGCUGAUGUAGCCUACUACUUUGAAAAAGAUAUUAAAGAUGACUCUGUAUUUAAUUCCAACAGUACGUUAACUGUCACUGUCAAUGGAGAUGCUCUGGAUAUUGAAAAACUACAGAUUUACUAUGUUGAUGAAAAGCCACCGGAGUUUUGCAUGAAACAACUGGCUGCUAACAUUAGCGCUGUAGUCACAGUGGUGAUGCUGAUCGCUGGCUUUGGCAUCACUGUGCUAGUUAUUCUGAGGUGGCUGCGGACACGAAAAUACAAGAAAGCUGAGAUUAAAGAAAUGGAGGAAAUAAAAGCACAAAGCUUACAGCUGCCCUGA